AUGGCGCUGUGCCGGGCCAGGACUCAUGUUAAUUUUUCGAAGGGUAGAUCCGUCACUAAUAAUUUGGUAAAUUGCCCAUCGCAAUAUCGUCUGAUCCACUUGUCUCCGUGUAUCCCGCGGCGGCCCCAAUCCAGCAGGGAAGCAACCACCGGCCCGCCUCCCUGGAUUCGCUCCUGCCGCGAGGGUUCCAGCCCGGCGCCCCCUGCAGCGGUGUGCCGCCUCCCUGGAAACCCUCCGCUCCGGUGUGCCGAUCCUGCCCGAUGCCUCCCUGCCCCACCGCCCCCUGCAGCGGCUCCCUCCGUCGAGCAGCCGGUGACGCCCAACAUCGGCCACCAGUCCGUGGGAAAAUGGAUUAGGACCAGUGGAGGAGCUCACCUGAAGCUCGCCGGAGUAAAAAGGAAUCUCAUGAUGAUGAUUGCCAUAAAGUGUUCAUGGAUGACUUUGAUCAUAACUGUUUUUCAGAGGGACUUCGACAAGGUGUGGUUGAUCUUUGAUUCCACGCAAUCGAGGGAGUUCCGCAAGCUUGGAUUUUGUAGAUUUUCUUAGCUUUGCUGAUAGUUAGGUGCAACUGGAAGUGGUCUCAUUUUGACGUUGGGUUCCCUUGGUUGGUUAGAUCGUGCAAGGCAUCAUCAGCGAGCUAGAGCAGCAGGGGGCGCUGCCAAGGAGCAACUCUAGAGUUUUCUCACCUGCCACUUGCUGUGUGCCGUGGUCAGUCCACAUGAAUGCCUCUAACUUGGUCUGCUAGUCCAGUUUGUGUUGCUUGUGGUAGAGUCCAAUGUAUUCGUCGAAACCUUAUUAUUAAGGGCAUGUUUGGUUCGUGUCCUGGCCACUUUGCCUGGAGAAAUUCGGUGCCUGAGUUGUGCCUGGAGAAUAUGU